AUGGACAGCACUACGGGUCGAAUCUUCUCCAAUAAGUACUUUCGCAUGGAUGAAUCUGCAUCACUAAACUUUUAUGUAUCUGUUACGGACAGUGCUGGCCACGAAGAUGAAGCGCUUGUCACAAUAACUAUAAUUAGUUAUGAACAACAAGUUGAACUAAUCUUUGACGCACCUUCAAACAUCAUAUCGGUUCAGCUUAACGCAUUACAAAGGAAUUUAAAUCGUGUGAAGUUACCGUCACAACAGAGAGCCAAGCAAGCGUUGCUGAAUAAAUUUGGUCUUAUCAGAGCCGAGCCAUCGACGUUAAUGAAUGACGAUGAUUCAGAGUUUACAAGUGAAAUUAAGCCAGUAGUGUAUGGCUUAGUCAUAUCACUUAGCUGUUUGCUAAUUGUGUUAAUAAUUUUAUGUUGCCGGCAAAGAAGGAAGCAUGCAAAAAGAUUGCGCGGCGCUGGAGUUGCUGACUAUUCAGCUGUGGCAAUGACUAGAACUUUACCUCGUACUGGAAUCUGUCACUCAAAGAGUUUACGAGCAUCGAAGAAGUCGUUGUGGAAAGAUAAAAAAGUUGAAAACAACAUAUACCCGCAACAGCUUAUUGACGCACUUCAAUCAACAGAAUUGUAG